AUGGGAGUCCUCAUGGAGCGAAUGGCGGAGGCAUCGGCAAAUGAACCUAGAGCUGGAAUGGUUUUCUCGAUUGUUUUAUCUAUGAUAUCAAUGGCAGUUUUGGCAAUUUGUAUGACUCGUCGCGUUCAAAAUGUACAGGAUUGGUCUCGAUACCCUCUCGUUUGUUGGUUGGUUCUUUGGAUAUAUUUCGACUCUCUAGUAUUUGUUCUUGGUUCCGCAGUUGUUUCGGCAGGGUUUGGUGUCAAUUAUUCGCAGUAUAUGUGCUCCAAUGCUAUUAUAUUAUGCUUGUCUUGUUAUAUGACGACAAAAGUGAGUAUUGAACUCAGGGAGUUAGACCUGAUUUCUGGUAGUAUGUUUUCUUCACUGCAAACGACCGCAACAUUCACUAAAACCAAAAGCUCAUCUACUAUUUUCUCGUUGAGAGAGUUAUCGUCAAAAUCGCGCAUCAAAGAUCCUCUUUACCUCUUCAACUCGAUUGGAAUGCUAAUUCCUUACUGCAUAGUCAUAGCAUUAAAUUUUGUCUUCCGAUUCGCCAAUUACGAGAAUGGUGAAUGUCGGAUUGGGAUGAAGCAAGUCGCGAUGAUACCUCUUAUUGCUUUCGAUAUAUUGGUCAAUGUCUACCUAACGUCUUUAUUUCUCGUUCCACUACAAGGCUUGUACUCCUACAAAAAUAACCCAAACUCACAAACACGUACCGUCGCACUUCGUACUUUUAUUGGAAGUUGUUGUGCGCUUACUUCUAGUGCCGUUAAUUUGACAUUAUUGUUGGUGCUGAAAGGCGAACCAGGCUGGAUAUGUCUCAUGUGUUGUAAUCUCGACAUACUAUUCAGCGUUCUGGUCCUGCACUGGAUAACUUCCAAAGACAAUGCUUCCACCUUUCUCCCACGCCGUUCUCACUCACAUACACAUUCACACACCUGUUCCUCCUACCCGACUAUCCGCACCAGCGCCCUCUCUUCUCCUAUUUCUCCCCGUCCACUUAUUUCCAGUCCUCGUUCUAUCCCAGAGAAUAUGGGAUUUCCGAAUCGAGAUCAUUUGUUUAUGAGUACGAAUGGUAUGAAUGGUGGGAAUCCAGAUGAUUAUAGGUAUGCGAGGGAUGCUAUUGAUUUACCGACUGUUACGACGACUGUGACUGCGGGAGUGGGAGUGGGAGUCGUAGAGACAAUAGAUGGAGAAGAGGAAGGGAAGAACAGAGGGCUUGGAAAUGGCAAUGCAGAGAUGGGAAUCAGAAAACCGAAAAUGGCGAUUGUCGUUGAGAGGGAUCAUGUGAGGGAGGUGGUGGAGACGGGGAUCAGAAUUGUGAAUGAUCGUGAUCAUGACAGAUUGAUUUUGACGCUACCGAGGAGUAUUAGUGGAGGUGGGGGGAGCAUUGGGAUUGAAAUUAGAGAAAGGGAGAAAGAGAAGGGGGCUGGAAAGAUAGGGGAGGAGGAUGACAUGGAUAUUUCUUUUUGA